GCUGAGUCAUGGCUUGUGGUGGGCCAUUACUGAAGUACAGACACCAUGAGAUAGACUAUAUGUCGGGGACCUACAAGUGAGGCAUCACAGCAUGAAAUAGCCGCUCAUAGUAGCCUAUUUCCAUAAGGAGAGGAAGCAGACGUGUAGGAGUGACUGUCCUACAUCGCAAUGAUUGCUGCGGCUUUUUUGGUCUUAUUGAGACCCUUAAGUAUCCAGUAUGUAUUAUUGCUAUUAUUGCUUUUGGUAGGAACUGUCGCCACGAUCCUGUUUCUCAGUUCCUGGCAUCGGAAGCUCCGCAAUGAGAAAAUUCCCAUAAAAUCCGUGCUCACAAGGCGUUCGAGGAGUCGUGCUGGUUUCCGGCCGCAUCAUUUUCGCUCUGAGGUAUGUCGUCACAGUCCACGUCAUGCGAGGAGAAGCGCACGCGCGCGUGUUUCUGAAGAGAAGCCGCUCAUUGAGAGCGAGCCGGACUCGAGCGCAGCCCUGAGGAAGCGCAGAGUGAAGAAGAGAGUCCAGCCCGAGUUUUAUCACUCCGUGCAGCUCACGCCAACACGCAAACCAAGCUCCGGGUCUGGGAACGCGUCCCUGCGCUGUUCUAUGUCUUCAUCGGCAGAUUUCUCCGAUGAUGAAGAGUACAGUGUGAAAUCUGGGUCGGUGUCGCCGGCUCCGGGGGACACGUUACCGUGGAAUUUACCCAGACACGAGCGCUCGAAGCGGAAGAUCCAGGGAGGAUCCGUGCUGGAUCCUGCCGAGAGAGCGGUGCUCAGAAUCGCAGAUGAAAGAGACAGAGUCCAGAAAAAGACCUUUACAAAAUGGAUAAAUCAGCACCUCUUAAAGGUCCGAAAGCAUGUGAAUGACCUGUAUGAGGAUUUGCGAGAUGGACAUAACCUUAUCUCCCUUCUGGAGGUGUUGUCCGGUGAGACACUGCCGCGAGAGAAGGGCCGCAUGCGCUUCCACAGACUCCAGAAUGUACAGAUCGCACUGGACUUCUUAAAACGACGGCAGAUAGUCCUGCCCAGAAACUCACCCCAUUGGUUGAGUCAGUGUGACUUUGUCGGGCUGCUCUAA